CUGUGCUUGACUGGUUUAAUUCCUAUCUCUCAGCCCAACGGCACCACAGUGACUGCUAGAAUUUCUGCCUGUCUGGCGGACAUCUCGGCCUGGAUGAAGAAGCAACACCUGCAACUCAACCCAGCCAAGACUGAGCUCCUUGUCUUUCCAGCCAACCCUGAUGUUGAACACAACAUCACCACGCAGCUGGGUGCAACUACAGUAACGCCUUCCAAAUCGGUCAGAAAUCUAGGGGUAACCAUCGACAACAGACUAAAUUUCACAGACCACAUCUCAAAGACCUCAAGAUCAUGUAGAUUUACACUCUACAAUAUCAGGAAGAUAAGACCCUUCCUCUCUGAACAUGCCAUACAACUGCUUGUCCAGUCACUUGUCAUAACUAGACUGGACUACUGUAACGUUCUCAUUGCAGUUCUCCCUGCAUGUGCAACUAGACCCCUCAAAAUGAUCCGGAAUGCAGCAGCACGUCUGGUCUUUAAUGAACCAAAGAGAGCACAUGUUACACCACUCCUUGUCUCUCUCCACUGGCUACCGGUUGAUGCACGUAUCAAAUUCAAGACUCUGAUGCUGGCAUACAGAACAGUUACUGGGUCUGCACCAGCAUACCUAAAAUCAUUUAUGCAGAGCUACGUGCCCACUAGAAGUCUGUGGUCAGCUAAGGAAUGUCGCCUUGUUGUACCAACACAAAGAGGCACCAAAACACUUUCCCGGACUUUCAGCUUCAUCAUACCACAUUGGUGGAACGACCUUCCCAACUCCAUCCGUGAAGCUGACUCACUCUCUGUCUUCAAAAAACGACUAAAAACACGUCUUUUCCAUGAGGACUUAACCAGUCAUUAAAAAAUAAAUAAAUAAAUAAAUACAUUUCUGUUGCACUUUAUUCUAUUUUGAAUACUAUUAUGAUGCUAGUGAUACUUUGUAAUACAGCACUUUUCA